UCGCGAUGUGUCUCCAGUCGCCGCGUUCGAGAGUAGAAUAACACAUAGUUCAGGCACGAUGUCAGGGGUGUUCAGCAAAAUUAGCGCGAUUUUCCGUAGGCGGCCGCUGCUUUCGAACGUGGCCGCCUACACGUCGAUGAUUUGCACGGCGGAGUUCACUCAACAGACUAUCCUCAAACGAUACGAUCCAGAAAGAAAAUACGACUUCUCCGUCGUAGCAAGAUACGCGAUCAUCGGCACAUGUAUAUAUGGACCAUCAUUAUUCUACUUCUACCGAGCCCUUGAUAAAGCUUUGCCGGCGACUACAGUCGCCGUAUCGCUCCAAAAAGCUCUAAUCGACCAAGCUCUCUUGUCGUCCACAAUGUUGGUCGCCUUCUACACAGCGAUGAGCGUGCUGGAGGGGAAAGAGGAUGUCUUCGCUGAAAUGAAAGCGAAAUGGUGGCCCACCUACAAACUCUCUUGUCUCUUCUGGAUACCUGUGCAAUGCUGCAAUUUCCUCUUCAUGCCUCCAGCAGCCCGGGUGGUCACGGUCGGAGCCUGUUCGUUCGUUUGGGUGAACAUUCUGUGCGUCUGCAAGAGAAAUUCGAGUGUUCCUGGCGCCAAGGAGCACGCAGCGGCGAUGGAUGCGAUUUCGCACACUGUUAAGGCCCCAUAAGACAAUAUCGUAUCCCUCGACUUUGGGAGACCAUUUGCGGAGGGCAAACGCAGCCCCCAUCCGAUACUGGAGUGCGACUCCGGGAUUACUUCGCACCGAUCAAAUUGAUGCUCCUGCGUCCAUGAUUCGUUAUGAGCGAUUUCGGGACGUCGUUUUGUAUGCCCCGAUGAGAAGUGCUCAAGCAACAGGAAGCUCCGUGUACAUACCCUCCUGUUCGCCUCAUGCUCGGGGCAGUACACAUCAGGGAGUUUACUCCUUCGUGGAAUCCGCCCCAUUCCCGUGGCUUUGCUACCGGAUCUCCCUGUUAUCUCCAUUCGUACGAAUAAACUG